AUGACGGAGGACCUGCGGCCGGCCGCCACAGUCGUCACCGAUCAUCCUGCCGAUCAGCCGCGCACCCGCCGCCAGCAUCCGGGCGAUCGGCGGCCCAGGCGCCCGCCGACGUCCCCCGAGGGGCUGGCCCUACUGGCCAGCUGGGUGGAAGACCCGUCCCAUCUCGCCGCCGGCCUCACCCGCGGCGGGGCCCGCGAUCCCGAGGUGCUGAACCGCGUGGCGACGAUCUCCAAGCUGCUGGCGGGGCAGGAGGGCAGGGAAGAGGGAUUGGCGAUCGGGGGCAGGCCGCGCAACGGGCUGAGGGCGUCGGCGUCCGCGGGGGACGUCAGGGCGGGGCUGCCGGAGGCAGGGACGCCGGGCGGGUCGGCGCGGCGGCGGGCCGCCUGGAGCCACCACGGUGCGGUGGAGUGGCCAAAUAACUCUGGGGGGCAUUUGCGCCACCCAGGCGUGGAGAAACUCCUGGUGGAGUACUACAAAAUGAUGGAUGCAGCAAGGGCAGGCCCAACUGGAAGAGCCGCAGCGCCAGCAUCAUCCUGGAACAAGUUGCUCGUGCAAUGGCUGUGCCCUCAACCACCGGAGUGCCUCGAACUGCAGAGUGUGGUCCAGGUCUGCCGUUCAAACGCUGGAGUUGGGGCUAUGGUCAUUAUGUAUAUGCUCCCUGUCCUUGUGCCUCUGUGGCUGUACUUGCUUCGACACCUGAUGGGCAGAUCAUGGCUUGGCUGCCUCCUCUUUGCCAUUCUCGGCCUCGUGCUGCUGAAGGCUGCAGAGUCCCUCAACAAGGAGAGGAUGUCAAAACAGAAACAGGGCCUUGAAGGGAAGGUCCUAGCUUUCAAGAUUCCUGCCAAUGGGAAGAUGCCACCUGAGUCCAAGGAAUUGCUGACUGUGGUUGACAAAUGCAGGUCUGCUGGCCAGUCUCGUGCUCAGCUUGUGGCACACAGGGGCAGCAGAGGUGGGACCAGGGAUCUGUCUAUGCCAGGCAGCAGUCCUCCGGGCAAUGUGGAUGUUUCGAGCCAUGGGGGCGACCCUGCCAUCCAUGCGCUGCUAGAAGACAUAAAUGUUGUUAGGAGGGCUCUUGGUGUCGACCGGGGCAGUGACAUGGCUGUCAGUGCUGACAUUGCAGAGCUUGGGAGGCAGGUCAAAAUGCUGUGCGAGGCAGUGGGUGUGCCACACGAUGGCAGGAAUCUCUCUUCGGUCGACGCUCUCAGCGAGAAGCUGCAAGAAGUUAAGGGCGUAGUAGGGUGCUGA